AUCAAACCCGUGACCUCUCGUUUGCUAGGCGGGCACCAUAUCGACUAUGCCUAUGUGACCUUUUAAACGUUUAAAUGAAUAUUCUUGCACGCUAUUUAAUUGACAAUAAUAGCGCCAAAACGAUGUUUGCAAAUAAAACUAUAGUUCGUAUUGUUAAUGAGUAAUAUUUUUUUCAGGUCAUUUUUAGUAUUUAUGUUGCCAUUCCAAUUGCCUUGUGCUAUCAAUAGGGUUCACGCACUCUCGCGCUUUGGAACUAAAAAGCGUUUUAUUAACAAAAAGAUAUCACGAAAAAAAAUGGAGUUGUUGAAAAAGAUAUCAUACGACAUAAACUAUUUGAGCUGCAAUAUAUUGCUGAUAUAGAAUAAUAUGAAUAUAUUCAAAUAUAAAAUACAGAACAGAUUUUUUAAAACAUCGACCCUUAUGGGGCUUAUUUCAACGAUAUUUUUAUUUACUGGAGUGCUUGAAUUAUUGCAGAUACCAAUGAAACCAUUAAGGAAGCUAUGUCUCAAUGGAGCAGACACACGUGCUUGCACUUCGUACCACAUGCAAACCAAUACGACCGUAUCAUAUUCAGCCCUAACAAGAACUGCGAGUCGUAUGUAGGGAGAGCAACAGGGCCCCAAUACAUCUUCCUGAAUACAUCUAUCUGUAUGACGUUGCCGAUCAUUUUACACGAGAUUGGGCACGCCAUUGGUCUGUACCAUGAGCACACGAGGGCAGACCGGGACAAUUACGUCACUAUACAUUAUGAAAACAUUUACAACAAAUCCCACUACAACUUUGACAAACGCGUCGCGGGCACAUAUCUCGAUUUUAACAAGCCGUAUGACUAUCACAGCAUAAUGCAUUACGGAAAACGUGCUUUCGCGGACCCAAUCAAUGCUACUUCAAUUGAACCGACUAACAAUAAGUUCUUGGAUAUUAUUGGAAAAGCACAACACCUCAGCUUCCAUGAUGUACAAAUUGUGAACGCCAUGUAUAAAUGCUCAGAAAAGUGUGCUAACGUAAAAUGCCCGAAGGAGGCAUUUGUGGGGAAAAACUGCGAAUGCUUCUGUCAAGGAACUCAAAAAGAACCUGUCCGACGAUGCAAUGACGUGCCAUUAGUGUUCUGUGAAGCCCCGGAUAUUGACUUAUCCAAAAACUGGGUUUACUCAAUCAGAGAGGUGCAUCUGGGGAAUUUGUCUGGUUAUCGGUACCCGGACGGAACUGUUCUCAAAGUGGAGAAUCCCCGUUGCUCCGAAAAUGGGACCGGCACAUAUACCUGUCAAAGCGGCCAAUGGGUUGUGAAUGUUAACUGCAAACCAGAUCGCUGUGUGUACAUCACGUCCCGAUAUGACUUCAAACCGAACAUUACUGCGAACGGAUUUGACCAAACCACGGAUUACGUAAACUCGGGAUUAAUCGUACAUGCAGAGUGCAUCGAACCAAAAGGUAUCCCAGGUUAUGAUUCUACUUGCACAGAUUCCAUUUGGGUUCCAGAAUUGCCGAAUUGCGAUGCAGUUCGCGCUGAGUUGGUUGAUGGACCCAAUAAAUAUUCUGGGCGUGUAGAAAUACUUAUUGGGAAACAUCGCGGUACCGUAUGUGAUGAUUCGUGGGACAACAAGGAUGCAUCAGUCAUUUGCAGAAUGCUUGGAUACGGGGGUGGAACAGCAUUUAUCAAGGCUCACUUCGGUCAAGGCAGUUCGAGUAUCCAUUUUGAUGACGUGCAGUGUACCGGUACCGAAACAUCUAUCAUGUCGUGUCGCCAUUUCGGUGUUGGAAAUCAUAACUGUGAGCACUCGGAGGAUGCCGGAGUUAAAUGUAUCCCUAAAUGUGGCAAACAUCAAUCUACAGGACAAUACCCCUGGAAAGUGCGUGUGCAAAUACAACGCGAGAAGGCAGUAUCGAUUUGUGGUGGAACCAUCAUUGAUCAACGUUGGAUUCUCAGCGCAGCACAUUGUUUUGCAGACAAUGAGACGCUUGGUGCCGUGACAGGCGUCAUUGUGCACGUUGGAUCUCAAGACUUAUCUCGACAGGUGUUAAAAUUCAGACCUGAUCAGAUAAUAUUCCAUCCAAGCUUCAAUUCAACCAGUUAUGAUUAUGACCUUGCACUCUUGCUGAUGAAUGAUAAAAUUGUCAAUGAGGAAGUUCAGCCAGCCUGUUUGCCGGAUGAAAGUAUUCCUUACAAUCUUACGGGGCUAAGAUGCCACGUCUCUGGAUGGGCAUUUGAUCAUGGAAUUGCGAUGGUGCCAUUAGGAGAUGAGGCAACCAUCAUUGAAGCUGCACUAUGCGUAAAUUUUAACAAAUGUGCUGCUGAGUUACAGCAUGGUGUUAACAAUUGUAAAAGGGACUCUGCUGGAUCACUGGUUUGUAACAUCGGAGGCCUAUUCUACUUAAUAGGGGCUGCUUCAUUUGGAAAUAAAUGUGGCGAAAAGGGCAUCCGGGUGUUUAUACCAGGGUUACGACAAUGCUUCCUUGGAUUACAACGAUGCAAAGAUGUAUGUCACCUGACAAGAUUUGUAACCAUGUGAAAGACUGCCCCGGCAAUGAAGAUGAAAAGGGAUGUGACAUAUGUAAUGAAGAACGGAUUUCGAGGUUUGAGAAAGACAAACUAUUAAUCAAAGCGCGGAGAGGUUUAAAAGAUGGUCGUCGCAAGAGGAGCUGUAGAAAACUAUUCCAGUUUAAUCGGUCAAUAAUUUACCAAACAAGGAAUGUUACCAACACGAAGUUUGCUAUGGCAAACAAGCGUAAUUUAUGAUGUUACAUUUAAACAUAUACUUCAGCUAUCACUGAUAGCUAGUUAUACCCUACAUACUGCUUUGCAGUCAAUCGAUGCAGAGUGUUCACUUUUGACUUUCAAGUAUCACCUUUAAGUUGGCAAUGUUGUUUGUUUCCGCUAUAUGUCUUGGCCAGUUUCACAUUUGUUAUACAAUAUAAAAUGAAGUGGGUUAGUUAUUGGGAGGACACACUGUAUUUCUAAAGCCGGUCAAUUUAAUAAGUGAAUGCCUGCGAAUAAUUGUUUUGACUCAAAUGUGUAUUGGUGACCUUAUAGGUUCAGAAAAUCGACACGUUUUUAUUUAUUG